UAUUGAUAAGAGAUUACGUGUUUUUAUUUUAUGUGUACAUUUCCAAAAUUUAAGAAAUAUUGGAUUAUUGUUACGACACGAAUACAGGAUAAGUAUAAUCGUGUUUUGCAGUAGUGAAAAAUUGUUCGGGAUGUCUACUUGGGUAAAUGAGAACAGUGUUUCUUUUUUCCAACUUUUCUGUAUAAAAGUUGUAAAGCGCGGCCGUGUACCUCAGCAUAUCGCUUUUAUAAUGGAUGGGAAUCGUAGAUAUGCUAAAAAGCACGGUGUACAAAGUAGUAAGGGGCAUUCCGAUGGAUUCAAUAAACUGUCAGAAACAUUAAAGUGGUGUCUGGAUCUAGGUAUACCCGAGGUUACUGUCUAUGCAUUCAGUAUAGAGAACUUUAAAAGAACGGAAGAAGAAGUUAAUGGCUUGAUGGAUUUGGCUCGAGACAAGUUCCAAAGGCUACUAGAUGAAAUCGACCAGAUAAACGAGUGGGGUGUGAGACUUCACGUGGCUGGACGCCUAACACUGCUGCCCGAUGACCUGCGGGCACUUGUAGCCAAAGCUAUGCUCUUGACCAGGCACAACAAUAAGCUGAGGCUCAACAUUGCUUACUCUUACACUUCCCGUGAUGAAAUCUCUCGCGCUGCGUCGCAAGUAAUCGAAGGCGUGAGGAAAGACGAACUGGCUGCUGAAGAUAUAGACGAGGAGCUCAUUUCGGAGACGUUAGAGCUGAGUCCGCCAGACCUCCUCGUCAGGACUUCGGGGGAAGUCAGGCUGUCAGACUUCAUGCUUUGGCAGAUCUCGGACACCGUGCUCUACUUUACAGACGUGCUCUGGCCCGAGUUCACCAUCUGGAGCCUGCUGGCCGCCAUCAUACAUUUCCAAAGACACGCCACGGAGCCCGCGCUGGAAAUGAACUUGAGCGACCGGAAGCGAGCGUUCAUGGACAAACUGGAGGACAAGCGGUGGCAUCAGUUGGAGAAAUAUAUUACGUAAUAAUAUUAUUUAGGGUUUAUUUAUUUAUAUUAUUAGAAAUGUAAGGAUUGUAAACUGUAUCCCGAAUUAGUGUAGCAUAAUUUUCGGUCGUGAAUUUAAGGCGCAGUAGGUCCAGCAGAGUUCUAA